AUGAUUCUUAGCGAUAAUUUAGAUGAGCUCGCAUGGUUGGAAGAAGACGAGGAUGAAUUUGGUCCAGCCAAUUUUUCAAAGUUUUGCAAUGUUUGCAAUCGAGAUGCUCCUAUUCGGAGUCACCACUGCCCCUUUUGUAAAAUUUGUGUUUUACGGAAGGAUCAUCAUUGCUUCAUCACUGGUGCUUGUGUGGGUCUUGGAAAUCAACGCUAUUUCAUCACUUUUCUUUUUUGGUGUUGUAUAGGACUGGUAGUUGGGGCACGGUAUGCCAACUCCCCUGUUCAUAAUAUUUUCUCUUUUGGGAUUCCUUGUUACAGUUCUCCGCUAGGGUUCAUAUACUGCAUCGGUCCAGUGGCGGUUAUACGAUGGAUCAUUGGUUAUACCGGUUUUCUUCACGCUUUCGUGUGCACAGUAUUUUCUUUCAUGAUUGCCAGCAUAGUAGCAGCCGGAGCAUUUUUCGUGAUGCAGAUUUAUUACACGAGUUAUGGGUAUACAAUGUACGAGUAUCAUAGCAGCGUAAGAGACGUGUUCGACGGUGAUGGGCAAGUCAUUCUUUCGAAACUAGCCAUAUCAGCUCACUGA